CCUGGCGCCCCUCCCCGGCCCUGGAUUCCACUUCCCCUCCGCUCGCGCUGCAGCCGCAGCCGCCUACAGGCCCCGCGCCGCCUCCGGAGUCCAUGGCCGGGACGCGCUGGGUGCUCGGGGCGCUGCUCCGGGGCUGCGGUUGCAACUGCAGUAGCUGCCGGCGCACCGGCGCCGCCUGCCUGCCCUUUUACUCGGCCGCCGGCUCUUUCCCUUCCGAAGUCUCCGGCCGUCGCCGGCUGCUGCUGUUGCUCGGGGCCGCCGCGGCCGCCGCCUCACGGACGCGGGGCCUCCACACCGGGCCUGUGCCCACCGGGAGACUGGCGGGGCUUCCCCCUGCGGUCGCCUCCGCCGCCGCCACGGCUGCCGCCUCUUACCCGGCCUUGCGCGCCCCUCUGCUGCCGCAGUCCUUAGCUGCGGCCGCGGGCCCAGCGCGGGGUUACAGCCAGGAAUCUAAAACUACCUACCUGGAAGACCUUCCACCUCUCCCGGAGUAUGAGGUGGCCCCAUCCAAGUUAGGAGAAGAGGUGGAUGAUGUGUAUCUCAUUCGAGCUCAAGGAUUGCCAUGGUCGUGCACUGUAGAAGAUGUGCUUAGCUUUUUUUCAGACUGCAGAAUUCGCAAUGGUGAGAAUGGAAUACACUUCCUCUUAAAUAGAGAUGGGAAGCGAAGGGGUGAUGCCUUAAUUGAGAUGGAGUCAGAGCAGGAUGUGCAGAAGGCCUUAGAAAAGCACCGCCUGUACAUGGGGCAGCGGUAUGUGGAAGUAUAUGAGAUCAACAAUGAAGAUGUGGAUGCCUUAAUGAAGAGCCUGCAGGUCAAAUCUUCGCCUGUGGUAAAUGAUGGUGUGGUUCGUUUGAGAGGACUGCCUUACAGUUGCAAUGAGAAAGACAUUGUAGACUUCUUUGCAGGACUGAAUAUAGUAGACAUUACUUUUGUGAUGGACUACAGAGGGAGAAGAAAAACAGGAGAAGCCUAUGUGCAGUUUGAAGAACCGGAAAUGGCCAACCAAGCCUUAUUGAAACACAGGGAAGAGAUUGGUAACCGAUACAUAGAGAUAUUUCCAAGCAGAAGGAAUGAAGUUCGAACAUAUGUCGGUUCUCAUAAGGGAAAGAAAAUGGCAUCUCCUUCUGCUAAGUAUAUAACUGAGCCAGAAGUGGUCUUUGAAGAACACGAAGUAAGUGAGGAUGUUCGACCUAUGACAGCUUUUGAAAAUGAGAAGGAAAUAGAGCUGCCUAAGGAGAUGUCAGAAAAGCUCCCAGAGGCUGUUGAUUUUGGAACCACGUCCUCGCUACACUGUGUGCACAUGAGAGGAUUGCCUUUCCAAGCCAACGCCCAAGACAUUAUAAACUUUUUUGCUCCACUGAAGCCUGUUAGAAUCACCAUGGAAUACAGUUCCAGUGGGAAGGCCACUGGAGAAGCUGAUGUGCACUUCGACACCCACGAAGAUGCCGUCGCAGCAAUGCUCAAGGAUCGGUCCCACGUUCAACAUAGGUAUAUUGAAUUGUUCCUGAAUUCAUGUCCAAAGGGAAAAUAAGACUUCCAGGGACUCCAGAUAAGAAGGUAAAUUUAAGAUGAUGAAGCAAGAAGCAUUUCAUCUGCACGUCUCUCUUGGAUGUGGGAUAUAGAGUUCCAGUUUUUUAGCAGCAACUGCUUGAGAAGGGAUUUUAGGGUUUGGGGUUAAUUGCUUACGAGAAAAAUGCCAUAGUGGACUGUUUAGAAAGAAAAAGGGAAGAUUCAGUUUGGGAUUAAAUAAACCACAAAUUUACAUAUUGUUUAAACUGUCCAGGAUAGGAUCUGAUUUAAAAAUCUGGUCUUUAUUUCAUUAUUAAAUACUUUGUUUUCAUAGAGUAUCCCUAUGUGAAGACUGCAUAUUUUUAUUCAGCAUUGUCCUUUGAAAUCUUUCCCCUAUUUUAAAAAUGAUUUGUUUGAGGGCUGUGAUAUAAAACUUCCUAUGGAAUAAAAUACUGAUUUAUUUUAACUAAAUACUCACCAAAGCAAGGAAAGGUUUCAGACCUUUGAACCUUUAUGGUUUGGCAGAGUAGCUAUAAUUUUAGGUGUCUUUGAUGACUUAGGGGUAGGAAUUAAAAAAAAAACUAUUCAAAACAAAAAAAAAUAAAUACCACAGAUCAGUGUGUGUCCUGACAACGGUUUGGCCGUUCCACAUCUUUUGCAGUGUUUUGCCUUUCUAGCCUGUGCUGCUGGCAUUUGACAUUAGUGCCUGUGUACUUCAGGAGGGAGUUCUAGUCUCAACCUAGAAGUUGUCUGAACACAUACCCCCACGCCCCCACCCAUUUCUUUGGUUUUGGGUAAACAUCAGGGGUGUUAGUCUCAAAGCUGUGAAGUGAUGUGUCAAAACAGUCCCUACUGGUAAGGACAUUGAUGGCUUCACUUGAAUUUAAACCAGCGCUAGAUAGGAAACCAUCCAAGUCCCCUCCUUCGCUUUUCAGUGGGGUCGCACAUCCCAUAUUGUAGAACAAGUAGGGGUGCCUUGCUUAAAUAAAAAUAGCUUUUAAUGUAUAAUUGUGUGGAGGGUUUAUGGAUAAAGCUGUACUUCUGUCACAUAGUGGCAGUAUCUUCUGCUUUAAUAUUAAACAGCUUGUUAUUUAAAUAUUGGAUCAAAAUGGCUGGCUUCAAAAUGUAGUCUUUAAUAAACUAAUUUUAUGUGCACCUGUGUAGGAGAAUCAAAGUCCUGUAUACUUUCUUUGCCUUGUUCCUGUUCUCAGGGUGACGACUGCUACAUAGUUACCAGGAGUUGCAAUUCUAGUUCUCCACAUGAAAUUUGUCCACAUUUCUGAGAGAAGAUAACCUGGAGGAGAGAUUGUGUCUUCUCUCAAUACAUAACCAUCUUUGAUGACCAGCUAAGAUACAAAACCACUGUACUGUAAAUAGUCAAUAAAUGAAGGCUUGGUUCAGGCUGCAGAUUA